AUAAACUACCGUACUUUUCGCUCCAUAAGACGCACUUUUUUCCCCAGAAAAUAUGGGGGGAAAUGUCUGUGCGUCGUAUGGAGCGAAUACUGACAGUCCUCCACCUGUCACCGCCGCCAGUGUUAGGACCAGCGGCUGUCCCGUCCCAUUGCACCCUGUCACUGAUGUUCUCCCUACCUUAUCCCGUCUCUCAGCGGGCUGUCCCCGCAGCUCUUCAUAGCAGGCAGUCCCCCGCCGAACCCAGCUGUGGUCCGCCCUGCAGGUGUGGCCUGUCCUCGGAGCUCCUCCCCGCUCCUGGCAUGUCUGUGUACUGCUCUCUGUGCUCUGCAGUCCGGUCUACAGUCUCUGGUCAUCUCCUGUACCAUGUACGCAGUCUCUGGUCAUCUCCUGUACUGUGUCGCAGUCUCUGGUCAUCUCCUUCUCCGGUCAUCUCCUGUACCGUGUCCGCAGUCUCUGGUCAUCUCCUGUACCGUGUCCGCAGUCUCUGGUCAUCUCCUGUACCGUGUACGCAGUCUCUGGUCAUCUCCUGUACUAUGUCCGCAGUCUCUGGUCAUCUCCUGUACUGUGUCUGCAGUCUCUGGUCAUCCCUGUACUAUGUCUGCAGUCUCUGGUCAUCUCCUGUACCGUGUCCGCAGUCUCUGGUCAUCUCCUGUACUAUGUCCGCAGUCUCCGAUCAUCUCCUGUACUAUGUCCGCAGUCUCUGGUCAUCUCCUGUGCUGUGUCUGCAGUCUCUGGUCAUCCCCUGGACUGUGUCCGCAGUCCCUGGUCAUCUCCUGUAGUACGUCCGCAGUCUCUGGUC